AUGGCCUACAACUUCUACCUCCGCCCACCCCCCGUUCAACUGCACGGGGACUACAAAAAUGACCGUCUCGACAUUUUCAUCAACACCCACCUCGACAACUACGAUAUCUUCGCCCUGACCGAGACCUUCGGCACGCUGACGAGUCGGCGGGAGCGGUUACUGGACGCCGCGGCGGCGAGGGGAAUAAAGUACUGGGCGCAUGGACCCGAGCGGAAUUGGUGGAAGGGGAAGUUUGUGGAUUCGGGAUUGUUGGUGAUGUCGAGGUUUCCGAUUAUGGUGAUUGAUAGUGUGGAGUAUGGGAUUGGGUUGGGACCCGAUGCGGUGGCGGCCAAGGGGAUCGUGUAUGCGCAGAUUAAUGUUGCGGAUAAGGAGCAUAACGUGCACAAGGUCCAUCUCUUUGUCUCGCAUUUGCAGGCGACGUACAUCCCAGACGAAGACGGCAACGACCUAACAACCGACACAACCGUCCUCCGCCACGCCCAGUUCCAAUUUUUCCGCACCUACCUCUCCACCACCCUCUCUACCAAUCACUACAACUCUUCCCUAGACACGGUCCUCCUCGCCGGGGACUUUAACACCCCCGGCGCGCCCUUCGGCUGGCUCCCGCACGAGGAUUCCGCCGAAUACACCCGUAUGCUUUUGACAUUAUCCACCGGGGGUGCGAAGGUGACGGAUGUGUACAGGCAACGGUACGGGGAGCAGAAGCCGACGUGGAAGCCGUGGAAGGUUGUGCUGGGCGAGGAGGAGGAGAGGAAGGAGGAGGACCCGCAGAGUUGGGGAAAGCGGCUGGAUUAUCUGUUGCAGUGGGAGGGCGGGGUCAAGCAGGGGGGGAGGACUCGCUUGAGACUGGGUGUGGAUCAGACGGCGUUGCAGCCUUUUAAGGUUGAGGGGACACCGUUUGCCCAGCUUUCUGACCACUCGGCGGUAACGUCCGUCCUCAACUUCACCGACUGA